GUUACUUUAGUGCACAUUUCAGGAACCUUCAAAAGGUGCCUAAAGCUUCCCCAAAGGGUUCUGCCAGUGUGGAAAUGUAAGGAAACCCAAAUGUUGCCUAAAGUAUCUUUUUAUUUUUACAGUCUGAGAGGAGAUUUCCUUUUGAAAAGUGUAUAUAUAUGACACACACACUGUAUGUGUGUGUCAAAACAAGCCCAAAAAAAUCCAUUUGCCUUCUGGAAAUAUGAUGAUACUCAAAAGAAUUAGUUUUUUCAUGCUUCAAUUUGUGUAAACAGGUUGAUGACAGAAAGACAGACUGGAUUAUUGCUUUUUUAACAUACUGAGAAACUAAUUUCUCUGUCCAUCUUUCCGAACAUAAAUGCACAGGACCAGGCGUGUGGCAGGUAAACAUCAACACGCCUCUUCUUUCUGGUGGCAAAAACAGCCAGGACUAACAGAGAUGCACAAAAACAGACAAGCUUGUGUUUGUCACAUGAAUGCUGAUGCUCCCCACCAGUGCAUUAGUGGAAAAAAUCUCUCUCUAAUUAUGUUAAAAGGGAAAUCUCUUUGAAAAAGGCAUUCUCACAUUUCAGCGGGGUGCAUGCUGUAGCAUGGUGAGGAUUCGGCUCUCCCUCUGCUUUUGGGGAGGAGCUGCUCUGAGGCGCUGUGUUUGCAGAAUUCUGGUGAGGGGUUAAGAGGGGAGAUACAGCAUUAGACUCAAACCUGGUCUGGAACCGGACAGAACAUCAACCUCCAUGCAGUGCCAGGAGCUCCUCGUGUGGGGCCUGAGCUUGGCGAUGAUCCUGGGUGGGGUGAUGCACUUUGUAUGUCUCAUGAAGUCUCAUGCUGCCUACGGCCGUUACGUGGACACCUCGGGCAGCUCCAUGAUGGUGCCCGCAAGGCUAGCCUGGUUCCUCCAGGAGCUUCCUGCUCUGCUGGUUCCUAUGCUUUUGAUGCUGACCACAGAUGGAAACAAUGGCACCGGGAGACACCUGAUGCUCUGGACCUUCUGCCUGCACUACUUCCAAAGGUGCUGCAUCUACUCCCUGCUGACCAAAGGGCGGCCGUAUCCACUUAACAUCAUGCUGUCAGGGAUUGUGUUUUGCUCUAUUAAUGGCUUCCUGCAGGCACACUAUCUGCUGCACUGUGCUACAUAUGACAACACAUGGUUUUCCGAUGCCUGUCUACUAAUCGGUCUGAUCAUAUUUUUCAUAGGAAUGGGAAUCAAUAUUCACAGUGACCAUAUUCUCCGCAGCCUGAGAAAACCUGGAGAAAUUUCCUAUAAAAUCCCGAGAGGCGGUUUGUUUGAGUAUGUGUCCGGAGCAAAUUUCUUUGGAGAGAUUGUAGAGUGGCUGGGCUACGCUGUUGCAACCUGGUCUUUACCCACAUUUGCCUUCACUUUUUUUACAAUUUGCUUCAUAGGGCCAAGAGCCUAUCACCAUCACAGGUUCUAUAAUGAGAAGUUCAAAGAUUUCCCCAGAUCAAGAAGAUCUCUCAUACCCUUCAUUUUCUGAAGAGCCAUUACAAAUAAAUGGAGUUUUGUUUUGACAGAAGCAAAGAAAUCAUCUUCUCAAUUGCUACGGUGUACACCUAUACUUUAUUAUUUUUUUCAUUACCUGAUUUAGCAUACAGUAUGCAGAAAAGAUUCUACAGUUUAUGACUUGAACAUGUUACCAGAUUGUUUGUAAUGGUUUCGAAAUCCCUGAAUGAUAAUGGCUUAAUCACAACAGGACGCUUUACUACAGCUUAGUUUUUUUUUUUAUUUUUAUUAUUUGUACAGUAUGUUAUUGCAGUUGUUAGUAUAUUUGUGUGUAACUGUGUGCAAUUUUUAAAAUACUUUCUCCUAUUGCAGCUUAAUAUGCAGAGAAAACUGUAAGUAGGCUGAUUUGUCUAAAAAGUAUAAACAUUGUGCGACUAUGUGGUGACAAGUACAUCAUGAGCAUCUUAGUUUGUCACAACAGGGUUGAGUGAGUUUGGGGUUGGGAUCAUCUGUUUUUGAACAGCGAUGAACAGUGUGUUUGGUAAACCUGAAACAUAGCCUAAUCGUAAAUUUGCUUUUUUUUAAAUUUUGGUGAUGCUAACAAUUCAGUAUUUCACUUCAGUAAAAAAAUAUUUACAAUAAAUAGAAUAGUGAAAUAAUGUUUUUUUUAUGUUAAUCUUAAAAGUGGUUUUAAGAUAAUCUUUUUCAAGAAGAAUAAUAGGAAGAAAAAGAUAUCACUUAUCCCAUAUCUGAUUCUUAUUCUAUCACAUGAAUAACUGAACAAGGUUCAUUGACUAUUGAUUAUCAGUUGUAUUUCAUAAGGAAUAAAACUGUGUCAGUAGACUCUCUGUAGAAGCGAAGUUCUUGGGAAAAAAGCCAGUGCCAUCAGAAAGUGUACUAUCAAAAGCAGAAAGAGCUGUACCAUUGCCGUCUAUGGCAUCAUAAAAGGCUAAAACAUUUGAAGGAAUUCAUACAGUGUGCAAAGACAAACCUCACUCCUUAACACUCUGUUGUGGACACAUUGUGACAAACUCCUAAAUUACCUAUGAUGAUAAAAACCAUUUAGUUUUAGGCUACUAUCUACAUACGAGAGUUGUCCAAUUUGUGAACGGAUCGUUCCUUUGAUUUGAAUCAGCUGAGCCGGUUCAUCAAACUUGUCUGAGUGAUUCAAUUAAGAAUCUGACUGAAUCCAUCAUGAAGCCCCAGACCGUUAGAACGGUACUAUAU